AUGAAUGUGAAAAAACGUUUCUUAUUUCUUGGUCCAACUGGAGUUGGAAAAUCUUCAUUGAUCAAUGUUCUCUGUAAUGAUGAUGUUAGAAAAGAAUCUAUGAAUGCACCAGCUACAAUUGGCUCAACAACUAGUGGUGUUACACAAAGUUUUACUACUUAUUAUGACAGUAAUAAGUAUGCCUAUACAGAUUCUAUUGGCUUUGGUGAUACUAGAUUUACAACAGACGAAAUAGUUACAUUGAUAAAACAAUUGAUUGAUAAUGCUGUCAUUGGUUAUAACAAAAUUUAUUUAUGUAUUCAAUAUGGAAGAAUAUCUAUGGAUAUUUGGCGAUAUAUCGAUUUAAUUAUUUCUGUUUUUGGUGAAGACGGUUUAAAAUGGUGUACAAUUAUUUUUACACAUUGCAACGAAGAGAAUAUGAACACUGAAAUGUUUUUAAAUAUAAAUAAGAAUGAUGAAAAAAUGAUUCAACUUAUGGAUAAAGUAGGAAAUGUAAUAUUUGGUGAUCUUCAAACACAUAGCAAUCAACAAGUAGAUUGUCUAUUGAAAGAUAUACGAAAACGUUUUUUAGAUAAUGUUAAAUUUGAUGUAACUAGGGGUGUCGUCUUAGCAUUAGUAUUGCAUUAA